GAUCGUUAUGGUUCGGUUGACAAAGUUCGAUUUGUUGAUUCUUUUUCUAUCAUGAGCAAUGGAUCUUCAUUCUCUUUAAUUGCAGUCUCUUAUAAUCGCAAUGAAACAGAUCAUAUUGCAGUGUUUCCAUUUAAUCCGAUGCUGCAUGACUUUGAAAGGCCAACUGACCGCUGUCAAACUACGGACACUUUUUGGAAAGUUGAUUUAUUCAACCAAUCUGGUCCAGAGUGUAACCUUUAUCAAGAUGGGUAUUUUGAAGCAUUGUCAAUACGUAAAGAGUUUACAGGGUAUUAUCUUACAGAUAUUCUAACGGAACACUGGACACGAAUAGUUGAUUUUGUUCCAUUGGCUCUUGAUGCGACUCCUGGUUAUGUUUUUCUUGUUCUUUCCUCGAACAGUAAUUUUACCAGAUAUCGAUAUUCAAUUCACUUUGUCGAUGAAAAUUAUUCUGUCUCGACCCACCCGAACGAAGCUACUUUCACUCAUCCUAAUAUUGUUGACGCAAAUGAAACAGUAUCACAAAUUUAUUACUACGGUUUUACUCAUCCACGAGCCAUAAUUACACUCAAUCAGUAUUCUUACUCUGAAUCAAUUAUUUUGUGUCCAUUUUUGAACAAUUCAUGUAUUGAUUGUUUUACAACCAAAGUUUAUAAUCCAAAUGGUAAUUUUCUUCGAUAUUGUCAAUGGAGACGAGGAAAUUCAUUAACAUUGGGUGAAUGUUCAAUCGGUGGUUCAAAUUCUUCUGAUUCAAGAGAAACUACACUCACGAACCAAACAGUAAAUCCAUGUUUCAGUCCAACUAAUAUCCAAGCAGACUACACUCCUGAUGAACCGACAUUUAAUUUGAGCUUCGAUCUCCUUGGUUUCCAUUCAAGAUAUGCAGAUAUUUUUCCCUUGACCUUCACUUUAGUCGACAUUAUGACAUUUUCAUAUAUAGAAAAUUGUACUGUUCUAAGUUAUAAUCAGUCCAAGAUUUAUCUCAACUGCAACUGGGUGAAUUCUGGUCAAUAUCAAUUAUCGAUUCUUAUGCUUAGACAACGAGGUCCAUUUGAAACAGAAGACAUUGACAACUUGAUCACUUAUAGUGAUCCUUUCACCAUCGGUUCACCGAGACCUCCAUCUUCUCAUGGAUCUUCAUCUCUUUAUAUCCUGUUGAUAAUAUUACGAGUUUUCUCCUUUACUAUCUCAGUAAUUGGUCUCAUUGUAUUUCAUUAUUUACUAUUUUUUUCGUUGUAUUUUAAAACUAAAACCUCCGUUACAUCAAAACAUAACGAAAUAAUGAGAAAUGAUUCCUUUGAAACAAAGUCUAAAAUUUCGAAGAUUCGUUUUGGAUUAUAAAUACAAAAACUCGAAAGAAACACAUGCAUAAAUUAUCUUAAAUUACUCCAGAAUUGGUCAAUACUUUUUGAUUUUAUUUAUGUUGAUCCAUUUCACUCUUCGAUCAGGA